GCAACCGGUAGCAGACGCUUUUCGCGGGCCGCCCGAGAUCAGACGGCGCGCGGAGACCCAUCGCAAAACUUUCGCGGUCACGUGCUUUGUACGGUCAUAUCUGUCGCGCCGUGGUCAAACAAAACGCCGUCAACGAUCCUUGGCUUACGUCGUCCCGAGAAAAAGUGCCCAUGUGCAAGAGUAGAUGUGUUGGACCAUCCACAGGACGUACCAUUUGGACUGUUCCUCUGCAGCCGAUUUGAGAAACUGAUGGACUGCAUUUAACUCCCCCCAAAUGUGCGUGUUCUGCAACACUUUCGUGAAGUUGUAAAGGCAUCGUUUGCCAGCAGUGCUGCGUGAAUCAAGACGCUGUUUAAGUCUGCGAAGAUCGUCGUAGCUUAAUUACGCCACAACCAGACUACAGCAUAGACUUUGCUUUUUUUCUGGAUCACAGCGAACUUCAGUAAUCGAACUACACCGACGCCCUUGCGAUGUUGAAGAUCGUUCCAUACGGAAUCUGGCUGACAGUGGGCGUGCUGUCGGCAGUUUGAACGCUACGUUGUGAACCAACUAAAAUGGAAUUACUGUUCUAAUGUCUGCCUGCCGUCCUUGCCGGAGUCCGACAACACCAUCGCUUCUCGGUGGCGACGGCUCGGAACGAUAUGACCCCCGAGAGGUGUCGGUCAGGUUAGCUUUGUUCCGGGUGAGAGACAGUUCGCAGAGUGUAACGUCGAAUACUUUGGUGGAGCCGUUCCCUGCUUGCUGUAAAUAAAGAUAAAAAAGAAGAAGGACCCGACAUGCCCACUUCCGACGUUCGCUGAUUCUGGAACAGCACCUGCAGCACGACCUCAGCUUUUAUUGGAUUGCUAACGUGACAUUUGUGUUUCAGUGCGUCUAGUGGGUGCUUUCUGUGCUCCAAGUGUGUGACGUAUAAAGUCCAUCCGUGUAACUGAGUGCGCUAAUCGUGGACAGCGAUGGAUCUUCGCGGAUAAACUCAAGCUCGUAGUCCACACGACACCCAGUGGUAUGUGGUUUGAUUGUCAUCGAAGUGGAUUCCUAAUCGACCCGAAUGAGCUGGACCAGACAUGUCCUUCAAUCGCCAACGUUUGACAGGUGCAGUCACUCCUGCCCAUUCACUGGUGUAAUACGCGCCUGUCUGCGCAAGCGCGUGUCGGUGACGUGCGCUGAAGUGGCUGGGCUGCGAUGAACCAAUGGGAAAGCCGCGAUGAGCCCAGCCGCCUACAGGACGUCCGUGCGACGACUGGUCGUGUACACGGCCGCCCUGUGCAUCCUCAUCGGCUACGCCUUCUUCGCACCAGACCUGACGCCAGUGUCGGGAACCCGUUACGUGCAAUUACUGCAGCGUCAGGUCGUCGACGACGAAGGAGAAAUCGUAACAAGCCGUCCAAUCGCCGCAGCAACAUUGCCAGAAGAUGACGCUAUCGAAGCCGGUGUCACGUUCGGGAAGAUCCGUACGGGACGUGGCAAGGAACGUCGCGACGUUCGCUUCGCACCUGCGGUUGAAGGCGGCGAUUUGAAAAAGAGCUUCGGUAGACGACAAGCCAGCGGCAAUGCUGAAGAAGUGCUCCAACGUCGACGGACUUCUAGACAAGCCGGUAGACUUACCCUGGCUCUGAAGACGACGUUGUCUCCGACAGCGAAUCCACCUGGCCUACCCGAAUCAAUGAACGGCAGCAAAGAGAGCGGCGACGUCAUAUUCCAGAAUGCUAACCCGAAAACGCCGCAGUCGACAAACUACGUGCUUGAUGUGAACAAAGAUUCGUCUAGCGAAGUUCACGAUGGUGUGUACAACGCUUCCAACGCACAGCUUGUGAGCAGUGAUUACGCGUUUUCGGUGGCCACGGACUUUGCGAACGGUGCAGACAGACUGGAAAUCAGACGUGGAGUGGACGUCAGCCUAUCGAAUAGACCUGUAGUGUCUGGCGGUGUUCGGGACGCCGAAGUGUCGGACGCUGAGGUGGCCGAGCGUCCGGAACGGCGCCUUCCGCAGGCCAUCAUCAUCGGCGUCAAGAAGGGCGGCACCAGGGCAGUGCUGGAGUACCUGAGACUGCACCCGCAGGUGAGAGCUGCGGGGCCCGAGCCGCACUUCUUCGACAAGAACUACCACCGCGGAUUCGGCUGGUACCGCUCUCAGAUGCCGGAGAGCGUGAGCGGUCAGCUGACGAUGGAGAAGACGCCAAGCUACCUGGUGCGAGAGCGGGUUCCCGCCAGGGUGCGCGCCAUGUCACCCUCGGUGAAGCUGGUGCUGGUGCUGCGGGAUCCGGUGACGCGGGCCGUCUCCGACUACACGCAGGCCGCGGCCAAGGGACGUGCGAGGCGCUCCUUCCUCCACUCGGUCACCGACAACCGCACUGGAAUGGUUGACCGAAGGAAGCCGCUGGUUCGCGUCGGCUUGUACGACGAGCACGUGUCCCGCUGGCUGGAGCACUUCCCCCGCUCCAGCUUCCACUUCGUCAGCGGCGAGAGGCUGGUGGCGCAACCCGAGAGGGAACUGGCCUCGAUUCAGCGCUUCCUGGGCCUGAGGCCGCCCUGGGUCGGGGCCCGGCAUCUCGUCUUCAACAGCACCAAGGGCUUCCCCUGUCUGCUUCGGGAGCCCGGCGCGACGCCCCACUGCCUGGACCCCUCCAAGGGCCGCCGUCAUCCCAAGGUCGAUCCCGUCCUCGAGAAGCGGCUGCGCGAGUUCUACGCACCGCAUAAUCGGCGCCUGUACCGCAUCAUUGGCAGGGACCUGGAGUGGCCGCCUUGAAGUGCAGUUCCGAUCGUUUAAUGUGCUAACACGGGAAGUGCGCUUGCAAAGAAGCAACUCACUGCAAAGUCCUGAUAUGUGUAGGCAGUGGUACACGUGCACCUGGAAGGAUGACAACACGUGAACGAACUUUGUGUCGCAUAUGGUGGUGGACGGGACCCAGCACCUCCACGAAAUGCAACAAGCGUGUUCUCCCACAAACACUUGUUAUUAUUCUGUGGAAGGCGUGAGACAACCAAGAUGGUUCAGGCAGAAACCCGGCAAGCACGAACCACACGAACGUCAACGUCUUCGUGCACGCUGGCACAGAGCUCACACCGAUGUGCUCCGGUACAUUUGGUAUUAUGCUCGCCGUCCCCUUGACCUUUCUUGGAGGCCUUUAGCCCUAGAUCGACGCCUCGUAUUCUAUAGAGACAGCUGGCGUGAGGGGCCUCACGCCAGCUGUAGUGUCAUAGACAAUGAUGGACUUCGGGCGGCUGCCUAGAAGCGCCUAUUGAACGCAUGAAGUGUAAAAUAUGACACAGCACAUGUACGCACAGAAAGGCGUGCAAUCAGCAGAUGCGGUACGAUUAGAGCAUACAUUUCACAAUGUUUGAGUAGGCGCUAACAUUGGCUAGUGCGGAGGAACCACCUGUCUUCAGUAGGCCUGGUAAACGAUGCCGAUGGCAUGAACUCUUCGGCAGCAACUUCCUCUGCUGACUUUCAUAAUAAGCUUCAGGAACCAGCCACGCGCUUGGUAGACACCAUUCACGAACGGGCGAUGCACCAUGCUGUGAAACCCGUGUUAUGCACACAAGCCUCAUAUAUGCUGUUCGGCUAAAUUGCCUUUCAGCAGCCAGCCGAGUAGUGCGCCGCAAAUUGCUAGGCUGCGCGCUGUAUUUAUGUUCUGAUUGAGCAUCAACACUGGUGGACAAGUUCAAGCACCGUCCGCACCGGAAAGGCAGUGGCAUUAGGAAACAGGAGUUCCCCCGCCGCAAUAUCACAGAGGGACCCCUCAUGCUAUUGUGUCUUAAUAGAGCUCAAAUAUUUUAUUUCUUUCGAUAUAUAUUACAGUUUUGUUUAACCGCUGUGCAAACUUCAUUAUGAGGGACGCCGAACGAUGUGACAGAAAUCUGUGCAGUACCGGUGAUGGCGUCAAAUAGAAACAAAACGUUUUGAAUGCUACACUGUACAUAAUACGUCAGAUAUUUCUUCGGCAGAAAUAUCGCACUUGCCAGCUUGGGUGUGAAAAAUAAAGCACACUUGA